GGCCCCGCCGGCAGCAUGGACGUGCUGUUCGCGCUGCUGCGCGGGCUGCGCCUGCUGCUCGACCUGCUGCUGCUGGUGCUCGACCUCAACUUCUUCCUGGUGUCCUCGCUGGUGUCCGCGCUGCUCUGGCUGCUGGCCGCGGCCUGCAGCCUGCCCGCGGCCGCGGCCGCCGCGGCGGUGGCGUGCUGGGACGCGCUGCUGCUGGUGCGCGGCUGCUGCGGGGCCAUGGAGGCCGUGAGGGGCCGGGAGCUGGCGCAGCGAGGCCUGGGCGCCGCGCUGGGCUGCGGGCAGGCGCUGGGCCGGCAGCUGGGCGAGGCGCUGGCCAUCGGCAGCAGCCUGCUGAUGUACCUGGCCAACAGCCUGGUCAACGUGUGCCUCAUCGGCGCGCAGAACCUCUUCACGCUGCUGGCCGCGCUCUGGGACUCGCUGGCCGGGCCGGCGGUGCGGGCGGCCGAGCUGCUGGCGGCGUUCCUGGCGCACGUGUCCAGCGGCGCCAUCGCCGUGUCCAUCCUGCUGUGGUCGCCCUGCCAGGCGGCCCUGGAGCUGCUCUGCUGCGCCGCCGACCUCUUCAUCAGCGUCUUCUUCGUCAACGUCUACGGGCUGGGCUUGCUGCUGCUCAUCGUGCUGCUGGGCGCCCUCGCCUUCAACCCCGGGCUGCUGUGGACGCUGACGGGCUACGCGCUGGGCCACUGGCACACGCUGCCCUCCCUGCGCCGCCUGCAGCGCGACGCCGGCCGCCUCUACCAGCUGGCCGUGCUCACCCUGGGCGUGGCGGUGACCUCGCAGCGCUGGCGCAGGCUGGCGGACUGGGUCCAGCAGGUGACCAACUGGAGCCGGGGAGGAAGGGCGCUGAACCAGGGCAGCGAGGCGCGGCGGGCCGUGGGGGCCCCCCGAGCUCCGGCCGCAGACAGGGUGACGCUGGGCCAGCUGCUGGCCGAGCUGGAGGAGCAGCUGGACGCGGAGCAGGGGCCGCAGCCGCGGGCUGCUCUGAGCCGUGCUGGGGCAGGGCAGCGUGCCCAGACAUCCAGGGAGGAGCCGGGCACGUCGUGGUGGAAAGAGCCGAGGAGGCGGCGGCUGGACGCGACCGCCGAGGGAGCUGACAACGACCCCUGGGCGCUGCUGAAGGAGCAAGAGGAGAGGAAGAAAUGUGUCAUCUGCCAGGACCAGACCAAGACAGUCCUGCUGCUGCCCUGCAGGCACCUGUGCCUGUGCCAGGAGUGCACCGAGGUGCUCCUGCAGCAGGACAUCUACCAGCGCAACUGCCCCCUGUGCCGCCAGGUGAUCCUGCAGACCCUCAACGUGUACCUGUGAGCCCACGGGGGGCUGUUUCCCCAGGAGGUCAGAGGCACCCCUGUGUGCACUUCCCAGGGCUGCCUUGAGCAGCUUCCGAAGAACCGUGGAUGGUGCUGGAAGGGCAGAACGCUGUGGGCUGUCUGCUGGUCACAUUUGCUGCCUAACUAGGUUGUAGCUCUUGCUAGCAAGCACAAUACUGAUCUCUGCAGCGGGCUGGAAGAGUUACCUGGUUUUUUGUUGACAACUUUUGCCGUUUCAGGGCCCGUUGCCUUGAGCCUGCAGGCUGAGACCCAAAGCAGAGCGCAGAAAAACGCUCUGGUCCCUCCUGGCCAAAGCUGAUGGAAGGUUACAGGCUGUGCCCUCCUGGCAGUCACAGGGGCUGGUGCAGGGCAAGGGAGGUUUUUUCCCCAGGGUCUCACUAGAAAAUUACCUGGCAGGCUGCAUGCAGGCCUGUUUCCUCCUGCCACCAUCAGAGUGGAGGAGCUCCAUGGGAAAAGGGAGGAGUGCCCUGUUUGCAAGGCCCAGGAGAGCCAGGAGCACACUCGAGUUUUUUAGUGUUUGCUGAACCUGGCUCUCAGCUGGAGAACAGAGUUUCUGGGAUACUUCAUCAGCCCAGGGCUUUGCUUUUUUUGAGGGAUCUCUCUUGCCAGGACAGCGUGGAGCUGUGAUGGGCUCAGCUCCCUGCAGAGCUCAGUGCUGCUGCUGCUGCUUCCACGCAUCACCUAUGCAAGACUAGAGCACACGUCAGGCUACCUGCACAGGGGGGGCUGGGGGGAUCAGUCCCCCUGCUUGGGGCACUGAGGAGUGGCCCCCCAGCCAGUGCUCCCAGCCCUGGCAGCAGCAGCAGCCCAGGCUGGAGAAUCCUCUCCAAAACCAACACAAUUUGCAGGCUGGGAGUGCCAUGGAGCAGGGAGGGUGGCUCCAGAGCUUGCUGGCUCCUUCCCAGGCUGGGCUGGCUAGAGGGAGGGGCUCUUUGGGAGGAGAGGGAGCACCCCAAAGCUCCUGGGAGCUCACAGACAUUCCAGCUCCAGGCACAGCUUCUGCACAUCCGUGCUGUGGAUCUGCAGUUGUGUGCAGUUGUGGAGCAGUACCAGGACCACGGAUCCCUUGGGUUAGGGCAGGGCUGUACCUUUGUUUUGUCUUGUUGUCUGUCACCAGUGUAGCCACUUCUGUUCAGAGGUGUCCCCUGAAGUCCAAGGAGUGCAUCACCCAUCCUGGCUGGGGCAGGCUCAUCCCAGCCCGGGCAUCCAGCACCAUUCCAAGGAAUUGCUGGGCUGCAAGAGGGCCCUGCACUAAAAAGCUUUUCCUUUUCCAGCUGCUUGCCUGAGGUCAGCCACACGCCACAGCCAAUUUUGGCUGGAGCCAGACCGGAGAGAGUCUUGACUCUGGACUGCAAGCCAAGAGCCUGAGGGCAGCUGGCAUGCUUUUCCUUCUAUUUUCCUUCUUGAUUAGCAAUUUAAGCCAGAACAGAGGCAGCAGAGAGGCCAGGCUGUGCUGGGAGAUGCCUCUGAGCUGUAAAGCUGAGCUCCAGCUAGGAGCUAUCAUCUUGUUGAGUGGCUUUGCUCAGAAAGGCACGGCCAGGGCUGGUUGCUCCCACAUUUCCCGGGAGCUGGAAGGAUUCCUGGCCAGGCCAGGCUUUUGGGCACUGAUGGCUGUUAGAAGGGGCCCUCAGCUGCUGCACUCCACUUCAAGGAGAUGCAAAGCUCCCCGUUGCUCCAGCUCUUGUCCCCGUGCCUCCCCACACACCUCCCUUGUUCAGCUGGCUCCCUGCAGCCACCAGCACGUGGGAGCAGCCAAACCCUGAGCAGGGGAGUGAGCCCAGGCUCUGGGCUGUCCCAGGCACUGGCAGGGGAGUCAGGGAGCUGCAGCUGGAGUCACUCACGAGUGGGAUUGUGGCCCUGCUCCUGGCCACAGGCAGCAGCAUUCCCUUGGGACCAGCUCGUGGAUCAGGGGCUGCAAUGUUCCCUCCAUGAGUUACAGGCUGGGGGGGAAGGACACCUCCCCAAAAGUGCAGUUUGUUCCCUUAAGCCCUUUUUUUUGUUACUAUUAUUAUUAUUAUUAUUAUGAUAGCAGUCCCGCUUGUUUGUUUAGGGCCUGUUUGCUGUUUAUAAGAGAAAGCUUUGCCUUAAGUUUAACUCUUUGCACUAUGGACUAGAUACUGAGCAGAUUAAAAUCUCCUUUACCAAAA